ACAAGUUAUCGUUUCAACGCCACUAACAGCAGUGCACCAGUCUUGUUGAAUCCUGAAGAAAUUGCAAAUUUCACAAACGAAGUGAGCAAUGGACUACAGACAUCUGAGGUCCUCCGAGGACAAGGAAUUGUGAUCUACCAGGGUCCCGUCCAGGGCCCCACCGACACAUACAGUGUUGAUUUUGUUGGGGAUAUUCCAGAAACGCGGAAACAAACUGUGGUUAGAGACAUUGAAAGGGCAUGGCUAAACACCUAUCCAGACUGCAGAUGUGUGUUUAGUGCCGAUGUUGUACGAACAGAUGAAUUCUCAGGAGAUUUCGGCAUCAAGAUAACCAGGGUAUACUACAGAAUCAGAAGGAACGGACUCAUCCAGGAUCCUCAAACAGUAACACCUCCAUCACGUCAGGUCUUCUACAACACUGUACAGGGAGACGACAGUAUCAACUCCAUCUACUCCGGCGCCACACUCAUCCCUUACAGCCAGCACCACAAUGUGUUCUUGAGCAAGGUAGUGGACAUGAACAGUGACGAGGGGAGACAAGUCCUGGAUCAGAUCAGAUCCACAUGGAUCACAUGGAGAAACACUUCUCCCGCAGUGCCUGAAAACCUCAGACAGGUUCCAGUCGAAAUACGGCUUCUUCGACCUUUGAUUUAUUACACUCAGGAUGGGAGACAAGUGACAAAACUGGAGUAUUUUGUUAUUCUGAAUGGCACCCUUGUUAUUGCACCACAACCAGAGAUAGACAGUGUCACCUUCACAGGUCCAUUGUUCUGCGACUGUGACGCAAUUCCUGUUCCCUUCAUAGAAGUCAAUGGUCGCUUGUCACCUGGUCAACUAACAACCCUUGGCUCUAAUCUCAAUCCCUCAGGCGGAUCAGUAACGAUGAGCGAAAUGUUUGUCAGUUCCAACAAUGAGCCAGUGACGCGAGUGUACUACAGACCUCCAAUAUCAGGCCCGGAUGUGACGUCAACAGCGGUCAGUCAGGAGACAUUGGAUCAAAUAUUAACCAAUCAGAAUCUGAAACUGCCCACACUGCCGACAGACAAAUCUUAUACAUUGAACUUUGCUGGUCGUAUUGGAGAUAAUGACAAAGAUGUCAUCCAACGAACAAUCCAAAAUGUUUGGGGUACAACAUUCAACAUCCCAUCAAACUCUUUGUCUGUUGAUAUAAAGAGCAUGGAUGACAGCUACAUCAGCUCAACAAGCAACACACCUGUGACCCAGGUCAUCUACACAGUGUCCAUCCAAGGCGCAGACUCUCGCUGGACACAGUAUGAAGGAGUAGACCCUGGGAUGCUCGACCAAUAUUUCAGAUCCAGCGGUUUGACCUUGGUUCAAGGAAAUGUAGAAAGGACAACCUCAGGUACAGGAUCGACGGUCACAACACCAACGCCGACAGGCACGACCAACCUGGAUGGUGUUAUCUAUCUGACGGGCAACAUCGGCGACAACGAACAGGCUGCUCUGGAGGAAGUGUUCAAGAGUGCCCUCAAUAAAACAAAGAAUGGUCCCGCAUGUUGCAUAGAUCUAUACAUUAUUGAGAGGACGAACUACCUAGACCCUGCUGGAAAUAUCAUCACUGGCUACCGAUACAAUGCCACCAACGGAAGUACGCCCAUUGUCUUGACGCCAACAGAGAGAGACAAUUUCACAAGGGAGGUGAACAACGAGCUCCAGACAUUGGCGCCCUUCCGAGGUCGAGGCAUACAAGUAUACCAAAGCUCCGUACAAGCUCCCACAGACACAUACACUAUUGAUUUCAUAGGCGAAAUAACACAGACAGAGCGAGGAGCCGUUAUAACGGAUAUCGAGAGAGCGUGGCUUAGCGUUAAUCCAGAUUGCGGAUGUCUGUUCAAGGCCAAUAUUACUAAAACGGAAGCAUUGUCGGGAGAUUUUGGUACUGUAGUAACCAGAGUAUACUACACAAUCACAAAGGACGGACUCGUCCAGAAUCCUCAAACAGUAAUACCUCCAUCACGUCAGGACUUCUACAACACAGUACAGAGAGAUGACAGUAUCAACUCCAUCUACUCCGGCGCCACACUCAUCCCUUACAGCCAGCACCACAAUGUGUUCUUGAGCAAGGUAGUGGACAUGAACAGUGACGAGGGGAAACGAAUCCUGGAUCAGAUCAGAUUCACAUGGAUCACAUGGAGAAACGCCGACCAAGCAGUACCUGAAAGCCUGAGGAAUGCUCCACUAGAAAUCAGACUACUGAGACCACUGAUGUACUACACCACAAAUGGAACACAGCUGACGAAACUCGAGUAUUUCGUUAUUUUGAAUAAUACCACUGUCAUUGGACCUCAACCCGACACAGAACGUGUUUCCUUGAGAGGACCUCAAUUCUGUGAUUGCAAGGCAAUUCCUGUUCCGUUUAUUGAAGUGAAAGGUCUCCUGUCAUCUGACCAGCUUCAGGCUCUUGGAUCCAGCCUUAAUCCAUCAGAUGGGUCAGCCACAAUAAGCGAGCUUUUCAUCACUUCAGAAGACAACCCAGUAACACGUGUGUACUACCUUCCCCAAAUAUCGGGCCCGGAUGUGAUGUCAACAGCCGUCAGCAGUCAGAGACUGAAUCAAAUAUUGACCAGUCAGAAUUUGGAAGAGCCUUCCCUGCCAACUGAUAAGACCUUCACCUUAAACUUUGAAGGACGUGUUGGAAGAGAUAAGAUACCCCAAAUAGAACAGACCAUUGAAAAUCUAUGGAUUGGUACUUUUGACAUGCCAUCUGAUGCGGUGUCUGUCAAUGUGGAGAACCUGGAUGGUGAUUAUAUCAGUUCAAGCAACAACGCUGUAACCAGAAUGACAUACACAGUGUCCAUCCGUGGAGCUGACUCUAAGUGGACGAGAUUUGAGGGGGUCGACCCAGCUCGAUAUUUCACUUCCUCAGAUCUUGUCGUUUUCGGAGGCGAAAUAACUAGAGGAGGAUCAGGAACAAGCUUGUCAACAACAUCGACUACAGCGACUACAGCUGGGCCAAUGUACCGUGUAGACAAUAUCUAUUUGAAAGGAAACAUAAACGACCUCGAUCAGCCGGUUGUAGAAGCUGCCCUGCAGAGAGCCAUGGACAGAAUCAACAGUGGAUCAUCCUGCUGCCUGAAGGUUGAUAUUCUGAAGCGGACAGCCUAUGCUAACCCUGCCCAGGAGAUGGUUGUAGGCUACCGGUACAACAUGACCAACUCUACUGGAGGAACGGUGUCCGAACUGACCCCGGAACAACGACGCUUGCUUACCAAUGAACUUAACAGAGAACUCCAGAGAGUGCCUCAGUUCCGAUGGAAUGGGGUCACGGUGUACUCUGGUUCCUUAGGUGAUCUCAGAAACCUGGGUAUUACCUAUGGCAUUGAUAUUACUGGAAGAGUCACGGGUACACAAAACAUCGUUGAUGUCAUUGAAGCAUCGUGGACAAAUACCAAUCCUGAUUGUGGUUGCCAGUUCAAAGCUGAUAUCUUUCUAACAAAACAACUCUCCGGCGAUUAUGGCAUGGUUGUAACCAGAGUAUAUUACACCAUCACUCGAGAUGGACAGACCCAGAAUGCUGAGAGUGUACCUCCACCUUCUCGGGAAGUGAUCUCUGCAGCUAUAGACAAUGACAAGAGAAUAAACCCUCUGUACUAUGGGUCCACCCCAAUUCCCUAUGACCAACAUCACAGUGUGGUGCUCAACAGGGUUGUGGAUAUGACCAGUGAACAGGGCCAGGGGGUAGUACGCACAUUGCAGACAGAAUGGAAGAAGUGGCAGAACACAGACAGUACAGUUCCAGAUAAUUUACGUGCCCAGCCUUUGGAAAUUCUGCUAUUGCGACCUCAGAAAUACUACACACAGGCUGGCACUACCGUGACCAACGUUGAAUAUUUCGUCAAACUGGGUGAGCGAUACCUGAUUGGACCCGACAUCAGCAUCAAUCUGUCAGGAGGAAUCUUCUGUGAUUGUGAUGCUAUCCCUGUACCAUUCUUGGAUGUGAAAGGGCAGCUACAGUGGUCGAAGUUGCUUGAGUUGGGAACUAGCCUUAACCCUGCAGACACUACUGGCUCCACUGUGGAGAGACAUAUGUUCUCUGAAGGGAACGGGGAACCAGUUACACGGGUGUUCUACAGACCGACAAUAGAGAAUGGAAACGUUCAAUCAACCGCACUGUCUCCAGAUCAGUUGGACGAAAUUUUAACCAAUCACAACCUUGAACGCCCUUCACUUCCAGUGAAGAAAGUAUUCACCUUUAAUUUUGAUGGCAGCCUCGGUGAUGACCAGGAAAGUGUGGUUGCAGACGGUCUACUGGCCACUUGGAGCAGCAGUCUUGGGAUCCCCACAGAGAAUGUCUCCGUCAUGGUCAAUGAUAUUAAUGACAAUUUCUAUAGUACUACAAGUGAUGACCAAGUGACCCAGGUCAAGUACAAUGUGGCCAUUCAGAGAGGUGACUCCCACUGGACGCGGUUUGAAGGGGUGGACACUGGAAUGUUGGGGGAGAAAUUCAGUUCCACCGCUGGACUUACCCCCUGUGGGUGCUCAGCUCGAGAGGGCCGUGAGAUAAUGGUAACAGGCGUCGUUGGUAACGAUACUACCGACCUCGAAAAUGCUCUCACUAAAGCCUGGAUGCAAGCCAACCCAGAUUAUACUGGUACGUUGUCAGUGGGAAUCAAGCAGGUCGAAGGGGACGCACCGACCAAACUCCGGUAUAUUGUGACUCCAACCGGCGGUCCAGCCGCCUUUACAGAGAAUGACCUGACAACGCCACAAGAUGCACUCAUAGGAAACGAAAUAUCACCCUUAGAUUUAACAGUUUACAAAGGCGAGAAUGAUGAUGAUUCAGAUACGUCUGACUGGGCCAUACCACUUGGGAUCGUCCUCGGGCUACUGCUACUGUUGAUUAUCAUCAUAGUGAUUGUGCUGGUGAUACGGAAUAGAAGGAGACGACAAGCUCGAACGAUUGAAAAUGAUGCCUCAAAAUUUCAAAAAAGGUCUUACGACAAGGAGCACUUUACCACCAAGCCUGUUUAUUUUGAAAACGAUGUGUACUCGGAAUCACAAGGAUUUUAUGUAGUUAAUGAAGAUAACGGUAAAAGCAGCCUUUAACUGACAAUGCCAACAUGAUCUGAUACUAUCAUCUUGUUUUUCUCAACAAAUUACAUUUAGCAUUAUAUUUCCAAUGUUCCACAUUUCUCUAUUGUAUGUUUUGUUUAACAUGACUUUUCAUAAUCUUUUUUUCACGAAUGAGUCAUAUAUUGAAAACAAUUAUGUUUAUUCAUAUUUUAUUACUGCAGUGGUUUCGUUCGUAAUGUGAAAUAUGUUCAAAUAGAAGGAAUUACGAAACUUGUUCUUUUGUAAAUUGUUAGUCAUCCUCCAAAUGAACGCUGGCCGUUCCCUUGAUGUCAAUGAUUGUUAUCUAGUCUACAUGUAUAAUACAUUGUACAUAUGUUUGUAAAUAUCCCCGAGCUUUUUCUAACAUAAACCAAUUUUGUAACA